AUGAAGGUUGUUGAUGAUGGAACGGGAGGCAUUUACUUUCUCGAUGCUCCUGGAGGGACAGGCAAAACGUUCGUCAUUUCGUUGAUUCUGGCAACAAUUCGGUCAAGAUCACAAAUUGUGUUGGCUGUCGCAUCCUCUGGCAUUGCUGCCACAUUGUUGGAAGGCGGUCGAACUGCACAUUCCGCUUUGAAGCUGCCAAUGAAUCUUCUCACGGUUGACAAGCCUACGUGCACAGCGACCAAGAAUUCAGCGACAGCAAAAUUGAUGCGAGAAUGCAAAAUCCUCAUUUCGGAUGAAUGCACGAUGGCGCAUAAACUAGCUUUGGAGGCAGUUGACCGAACGAUGAAGAAUUUACGAGGGAAUUCGAGACGAUUUUGUGGGGCAAUGAUAUUGCUCUCCGGAGAUUUUCGUCAAACACUUCCCGUAAUCCCGAAAUCUACUGCUGCCGAUGAACUUAAUGCAUGUCUGAAAUUGUCGUUUUUGUGGCAGCAUGUCAAGAAGUUUAAAUUGACCACGAAUAUGAGUGUUGCGUUGCAGAACGACCCAUCGGCUGCUGAAUUCUCGAGACAACUGCUGGCGCUUGGCAAUGGUCAAAUUCCGGUUGAUGUUUCGACUGGAUUAAUAUCUUUCCCGGAAAAUUUUUAUAAUUAUAAACAUCUUGAUUGGAUAAGUGAACGGGAAAUACUAGCAGCGAAGAAUAAGGACGUCAAUUGCUGGAAUUGUAUUAUUCAAAGUAAAAUCGCUGGUGAAUUGCGUUCGUACAAAUCCGUUGAUAGCGUGACCGUCGAAAAUGAAGCGAUCAACUAUCCGACGGAAUUUUUGAACUCGCUUGAUGUGCCAGGAACACCACAGCAUAAUUUACAGCUAAAGGUGGGAUCGAUCAUUAUUAUGUUACGGAAUCUAAAUCAUCCAAAAUUGUGCAAUGGUACGCGAUUGUCCGUCAAGAAACUGUUGAACAAUUUAAUACAAGCAACGAUCAUCAAGGGCAUUCAAAGGAGAAGUCCUUAUCCCACGAAUUCCGAUCAUUCCAACAGAUCUUCCAUUUCAAUUCAUGCGGAUUCAGUUUCCCGUUCGAUUGGCUUUUGCGAUGAUAAUCAAUAA